ACUGAACUGACGUGUGUCCUGACUGCUUCACCCAAACAAGACUUUCUGUCAUUUCACCCAGUCACUGGUUAUCAUUUCUGAUUUCUAAACCAUCACAACGUCUGGACUUGGCUGAUUCGAAAGCACAGCUAUGUGCAGCUGUGUGCGGAGCUCCAGGGCUAUGUCCCCUGUCCUUCUCCCCAGGCUGCUGCUUCCCCACACAGGGUACAGGUCGGCCAGCAGGGGCCUCUGGACCUCCCCCACCUGCAUGACCGUCAGUGGAGACUCCCAGCCGCUGCCUCUGCCCAGCCAGGCCCGGGUGGUGAUAUGUGGAGGGGGCAUUGUGGGAACAUCAGUAGCUUACCACCUCGCCAAACUGGGCUGGACUGAUAUCGUGCUACUGGAGCAGGGCAGACUUGGGGCAGGAACAACCAGACUAUGUGCUGGCAUAGUCAGCGUGGCAAAGCCUAUUUCCAUUGAGUGUCAAAUGGCAAACUACUCCAAUAAUCUUUACCAGCAGCUGGAGGAGGAGACUGGAGUCAAAACAGGGUAUGUAAAAACAGGGUCUUUAUGUCUGGCCCAAAAUCAGGAUCGUUUCAUAUCACUGAAGCGCCUGGCAUCCAGACUAAGGGUGAUGGGGAUCAGCUGUAACGUCAUUAAACCUAAAGAGGUGGCUAAACUCCACCCUCUUGUUAACAUUCAUGACCUGGUGGGGGCGCUACAUCUCCCUUCAGAUGCUGUGGUGUCUCCACCAGAUGUCAACCACGCCCUGGCUGUGGCUGCUGCUGGACAAGGUGUUCAGAUCCUGGACCGGACCAGUGUCCAGCAGGUUCUAGUGGAGAAAGGUCAAGUGAUGGCUGUGGAGACUGACCGUGGGUCCAUCGAGUGCGAAUAUUUUGUCAACUGUGCAGGACAGUGGGCGUAUGAAUUGGGGCAGGCUAGUGAGACGAAGGUUUCGGUUCCUCUUCAUGGCUGCGAACACUUCUACCUCCUCACCAAACCUCUCCAGCAGCCACUUUUGCUCAGCACACCAGUGGUGAUUGAUAUGGAUGGCAGGAUAUACGCACGGCCGUGGCAGGGAGGCCUUCUCUCAGGGGGCUUUGAGAAGAACCCAAAACCCAUUUUCACGGAGGGUCGAAACCAACUGGAGAUCCAGAACAUGCAGGAGGACUGGGACCACUUUGAGCCGAUGCUCAGUGCCUUGCUGAGGAGGAUGCCGAGUCUUGAGUCAGCAGAGAUCCAUCAGCUGGUCAACUGUCCGGAGUCUUUCACACCUGACAUGCGCUGCCUUAUGGGGGAGACACCGGGGGUCUCUGGCUACUAUGUGCUGGCAGGGAUGAACUCCUCUGGCUUGGCCUUCGCUGGUGGAGGUGGAAAGUACUUGGCAGAGUGGAUGACAUAUGGUUAUCCCACUGCUAAUGUGUGGCCGCUGGACAUUAAACGCUUUGGGAACCUGCAGAGCAGUCGAACCUUCCUGCGACACAGAGUGAUGGAAGUCAUGCCUCUGCUGUAUGAACUGAAAGUUCCUCGCUGGGACUUUCAGACUGGUCGUCAGCUGAGGACCAGCCCUCUGUAUGACCGCCUGGACACCCAGGGAGCUCGCUGGAUGGAAAAACAUGGCUUUGAGAGACCAAAAUAUUUUGUACCUCCAGGGAAAGAUCUGCUGUCUCUAGACCAGAGUAAGACCUUCUACAAGCCUGACUGGUUUGACAUCGUUGGAGCAGAAGUGAAAUGCUGCAAGGAGGCUGUCUGUGUUAUUGACAUGUCAUCAUUUACAAAGUUUGAACUGACUUCAACACAGGACCAGGCUCUGGACCUGCUUCAACAUCUCUGUGCCAAUGACCUGGAUGUUCCUGUCGGACACAUCGUCCACACCGGCAUGCUGAAUGAGAGGGGGGGCUAUGAGAAUGACUGCAGCGUGGUUCGCCUCAGCAAAAACAGCUUCUUCAUCAUCUCUCCAACAGACCAGCAGGUCCACUGUUGGUCCUGGAUAAAGAAGCACAUGCCCAGUGACCCACACCUCCACCUGGAGGAUGUCAGCUGGAAGUACACAGCUUUAAAUCUGAUUGGACCCCGUGCUAUGGAUGUCCUGGCUGAGCUGUCAUAUGUUUCAAUGACACCUGACCACUUUCCCUCCAUGUUCUGUAAGGAGAUGAGUGUUGGUUAUGCAAACGGGAUCAGAGUGAUGAGCAUGACUCACACAGGAGAGCCAGGCUUCAUGCUCUACAUACCCAUAGAGUACGCUCUGCACGUCUACAACGAAGUGAUGUCAGUAGGUCAGAAAUAUGGGAUUCGUAAUGCAGGUUACUACGCUCUGCGCAGCCUCCGCAUAGAGAAAUUCUUCGCCUUCUGGGGUCAGGACCUCGAUGCCUUCACCACCCCGCUGGAGUGUGGACGAGAGUUCAGGGUGAAAUUUGACAAGGACACAGAUUUCCUCGGACGAGAGGCACUGCUGCAGCAGCGUCAGGAUGGUGUGUCUCGGCGGUUCGUCAUGCUCGUUCUGGAAGACCAUGACACUGAGCUGGAUCUGUGGCCAUGGUGGGGCGAGCCUAUCUACUGUAAUGGUCAGCUAGCAGGGGCGACCACCAGCAGCGCCUACAGCUACACACUAGAGCGCCACGUCUGCCUUGGCUUCAUAUCUCCGCCGUCAGGUCCAGACGGGGUCCCGACUCCAAUCACCCCGGACUUCAUCAACCGUGGGGACUAUGAGGUGGACAUCGCUGGCCAGCGCUACCCCGCCAAAGCCAAACUGUACCCCUUCAGCUCGCUCUUCACCCAACAGAAACGCCGCAAAGACGACAUGGAAUUAGGCAACUUACAGGGGAAAUGAACCGGAGCAGCUUUUCUGGGACACUCCUUUAGUUACCAAAUCCACUCCUGCACUCAGUGCCAACUUAUCGUCCCUUUUCUAGAUCUUAAUAUGAGGGCUGUAUGCGCAAUUACCCAGAGUCCCUCUUAUAUCGAACUCUUAUGUUGCAUCUCCCUCGUUUAAAGUGCAAUAUUUAAGAAGCACCAAAAGCUUGAGCUGUACAAAGUGCAGAGCUCCUGUUUCAUCAAAUUCUGCAGUUCAUCUUCGCCCUUUUUUUGCUUCAUACUCAAAUACAGUCUCAUCAGCUGUUCACUGACUGGACAGUCUGAGGUUAAGUGCCUUAAUGAAGGCAACAUCACUAUUAUCUAUCAAGGACUCCUUUUUUUCACUUUGCUCACUUUAACCCACUGAGAAGGGACUCUGACCGACAAUCUUCUUCUGAUGGGCAACGGUCACUUUGGUGUCCCUGUGGCGCCUGAAAUCGUCAAAAGAAUCAAAACUUUAUUUAAUGCUGAUGUGCAAAUGCUUCACAGUUCAAAGGAAGAAUAUGAAAUUGUACAUCUGCUGCUGCAAAGAGUUUAAGUAAUUUGAGGUACCCAGGUACUACCUUCUCUCAUGACAUGUACUGCAGUAUCCUUAACAAUGAAGGAAAAUAUCAGAGCCAGUGAGGCAAAAAGGCUUGGAAAAGCCAGAGCAACUAAUAAGGCUGCCUGAUAUAUUUCAUUAGUAGGCGGUUAUUUAGUGUCCUGCCCAUUACUCCUCCUUUCUUAAGGCUUCCCGGACUCUCCUAAAGCUUAAAAGUGAAGCAAAAAUAUCCUUUAUGCCUUGUUUUCAUUAUCAGCAAUGAUCUGUCCUGCUGUUGUCUGCUGUGUGUAGAGUUUCUCUGUAAUGUAUUAGCACUAAUGUAAUCCAACUUGUUAUUUUUAUUUAUGUUUGUGGUUGUUUUGAAGCAGUUUUCCUCUUUGGCUGCUUCACAUCAGUUUGGUGGCUGUUGAAUGUUUCCAUAAUGACAGGUGAACUAGACUAGUGAAGGCAGAGCUGGAUUGUCUGGACUGGAUUCGCUGAGUCCACAGUAUCUUACUUCCUGGGUCUGAGUUCUGCCUGACUGGGAAUAAUAACGUCUGUGCAAAAAAAAAAAAAGGAAAAAAAAAGACAAAAAGGAUUUAAUUGGGAUUUGAAAUAAAGUAAUGUAUUUUUGUAUAGCUAGUGUGUAUAAAAUCUCUAUUUUCAGAGCUGCACCUUUUUUCUAGUCAUAAGUUUAUCAGAGACGUUAAUCAUCUGAUCUGCUGUUGUCCCUUUGUGCACUGUCAUAUGCUUUUCAGAGUAUUUGUGUACAUCUAAAACUUUUCUGUCAACAGCAGCAUCAUGUUAUUCUGUGUGCAUUUUUCUGUAAAAUAAUCUGGUUCUUUAGUUUGUCCCUUCAGAGGACGAAGUCAGGGUAGGGAUUCAGGCUUUGUCCACACUCAUAAGUUUGUUUCCUUUUCAUCGUCUUUGCUUUGAGGUGCAAAGUUCAGUGUUGAGUGACAGGUGAAGGUCAUAUCAUAAAAGGUAGACAGUUAUGUGUUUCGUCAACUUUUUGUGUAUUCAUGAUAAAAACUGCUGGACUGUUCCCUGGCACAUGACCUGAUAUUAAGCUUCAUGCAGCGCUCGUAAAAGCUAAAAGUGUUAAGAGUGUUAAUUUAAAAAAAAGAAAUUAAAGGUAAGAAGGAGGGACGUGUCCGUUUAUGAACGUCAAGGCUAACAGUUUAGCAAGUUGCUGAUUCUGAUACAGAUAAUUUUGUCUGUUUUUUGAAAAACCUAUGAAAUUUGGUUUAUUUAAAUUGUUGACAGUCAACUCUGCCAUCUUACAAUGUAAUCUUUAUCCCUGUGGACUAAGAGUCUUACACUGCUGACAUUUUUUAUGUACAACCUUGAGAAAAGAUUAGUCUGUCCAACUCGUCACUUCUUCCCAAUGAAAACCUUUUCUCUGAAUCAACAUUGAGAAACAAAAUUUACUUAAAGUAACACUACAGAUAUACAUCAGCAACUGACAUCAGUGCUUGUCACAUUGAGUGCUUUCACACAUGCUGAAACUUCACCCAGACUUUGACUGAAACCACCUACUACAUGCUACUGUUGAAUGCAGUUUGCAUACUGGGUCUGACAGUAGUAUGCACUGAGACAAAUACUGCCAGGUGGCUGUUAUUGCAGUACACUGGGCUUGACUUAGGGGCCGCCCACAUGGAGAUGAGUUUAGACGUAUCCCCUACAGUUUUCCAUCGUAUUGGUGUUUCAUCCAUAUGGAACAAGUGUUUUGGGAGCCUGUAAACACUUCUUUUUGAAAGCGGGUCACAAGUGAACAAAUAUGCAUGUGCCACCCUUGCAUCUCUGUGUCUAUACAACCAAGCCCAUCUUUUCUGAAACAAUUAGUCAUAGCCCGCUUAACCAACAUGCACUAUCACCCCCCAAACACCAUAACUGAACCAUACCCACUACUCUCUCUCCUGCAGUUUGGUUGACUUGUAAUCCAGUGUGACCAGAAGCAGUUCGACUUUGUAGUUGGUCCACACUAACUCCUCUCUCACUGGAGCAUUCAUGUUCCGUGCCAUCAUUUUCCUCAUCAUCAUCUCCUUGUGAUUGUGUACAACAAACAAGCUUAAUACACAAGCUCCUUAUUUCCUGUUUUUGAUGUAUUUCUGUGCCACGUACAUGCCUGGCAUGUAUACUACAGCAUUUUGUUUUCGAUGGUGUCAUGCUUACACAGAUAUUUCUUGAAACAAUGCCAUGUUUACGUAAAACUUUUUUAAGAAGAUAAAGAAAUAAAUUGUUUUCUUCUCCCUGUGGACAAGGCCUUAGCUGGUUUCCAGUCAUAGAAAAUGGAAGCAAACAAUAGCCCAGCUAAUGGCCUAUAACACUACAGCGCAACAUCCACUUAUGACCCGGAGAAAAAAGCUUACACGCAGGGCAGUCAGCAUUAAUGCAUUAAUUGCAUUUAAUUAAAGCCCAUAAUUAGUGUAGCAUUUUUAAUUGUUUAUUGUCUCUUUCAGUACACUUUGGCUAAGCCAGUUACCUUCCUUCAGCCACAGGGAUGUAAAGUAAGUCCACCACUGCUCCUUAAUGUCUCAUUUCAGUACAAAAAAAACUGGAUAAGUCAAAAGUCAUCAUGUUAGCAAACUUUUGCCUUUUUACUCUUCCCUUAUUUUCCUUUUCAAUCCAUAAAGUUCCUUUUCUGUGCGUAAAUCAUGUCAUAAUCUUUGAUCUACCAAAAGUUCUUUGUCUAGUUUCAAAAUAAGCGCAGGUUUAUUUCCAGACAGAAGUCAGUUACCCUUAGUUUAAGACAAAAUCCAAAAUGAAACAAAAACAGUUUGCAAAAUAGCAGAAUUUUAAAAUCCAGAACUACAAAAUUAGGGAUUCAUGUUAUUAUCAGUCUGAUAUCAGUAUUGACAGAUAUAAAAAAUUCUGCCCGUAUUCACAGCUCAUAUUUUUUUGGUUUGGAUAUCAGCAUAUAUCAACUGUAAAUUUUGUCCAUGUAUAGAAAUUUGUUUGUGGAGUUUUAGGCUGGACCAACAGACCAAUGUCAGUCUUUUUUUGGUUUAUCCUUAAAGCAUGUCUUAAAGACAUACAUUUGUUUCUUUUGUCAUCCUUCAACUUUAAAGUGUAUUCAAAGAACUGAUGUUUUAGGUCUGAAACACUUACUUAAAUAUUGGUAUUGAUAACAGUACUUGCUAAAAUAAAUCUGUAAAUAUCAGCAUAGCGAAUAUUGGCAGAAAUCCAAUGUCUUGCAUCCCUAACAGAAAUGCUUACAUUAAUAAGUUUACCAUUUUGUCAUUUAACAGCCUUGAUUACAGGUUAUCCAUCUGGAUUUUAAUACUUUACAUGAACAUUUACCUGUGAGAUUGUAGCACUUUGUUAAUUUGCAGACAUUUGCAUUGCAUCACUUCACCGCAGUCUAACAAACUUGGUACUGUUGCUAAUUAUGCUCAUGCUAAUGCUUUAGUCCGAUAUGGACUCUGGGCAAAUCAGUAUAGACGGCUAGUAUUGUAGUUGGUGAGAAUACAUCCUUAGUCCUGUCAGCCUGCAAUAUUUUCCCCUUCCUUGUCUGAGAGGGACAAGUAUGAACAAGCUACUUGUGAAAUUUUCUAGACAUUUUAGUUGUGCAUGUGUGAAAAUGGCUCAUAUUUCUUGAUGGGCUGGUGUCCGUCAGCAGGGCAGAUACAGAGAUAAAACAUUUAUCCUAUACUACAUACUAAACAGACAAACAAUGGAGAACCACUACAGCUACAACCAGUGAUUGGCAGGCUUUGAGUAGACAGACUUGCACUACACAUCAGAAAUUAAUCGUUAACAGUGUUACAUAUAGACAAUAGAUCACUAUUAUCUAUAUGGGGAUAGUAUGACACCAAUUUAUUGUUAACAUACAUUUUGGCUACUGUUAUCUCUAACUCCGUUUAGGUACAGAGGACUAUUCUAUUCUAAAAUCACAGAAUAUCCCUCAGGGCAUUUGGUCACUUGAACUACAAGCAUUUCACUUUCAUUUGUCUUUCCAAAGUCUUACUGCUCAGAGGAUUGUCAUCCCCACUUUGAUGGACACCAUCUAAAACACUUUUACCUCUGAAAGGGGAGAACAGUUGACAUCACUUUUAGUUUGAUUCUUGCUGCUGAUGUGUUGACAAAACAUAUCUAGAAAGCCUCUCAACCUUAUUCUGAUGGUCGUGUACUUUUUAACUACAGGUAACACUACCUGUUGAAAUCAAUACAUAAAAUAGAUGUUUAAAUAACUUUUGGCAGGUCACAGUUAAGCAGGAAAAAAGAAUCUAUCAGAAAAAAUGAACCUGCUGUAACAGGGAGUCUGAUAUCUCUCAAGAAGGGCUAUUUUCUGUGUGCUUUGUUUGGAAAAUUAAAUGAAAUUGUAUGUUGGAUUGCCGUGAAUCUUUGGGAGUUUUUGUGUCGGAGUAUCUUUGUCUACUUUAUUGCCAGUGCUGUUAAUCUUAACUACGGGACCGUGCUUUCUGUGAGCAACUUUUGUGGCCUCAUUAGUACAAGAGCUUAACUUUUCAGACUCGUAUCAUGAACAUCUGCUCAGUUUUCUCAUGUCAGCGCACAACAAAGUGUGAUUAAAUGUGUUCCCUUGGUGUUGACACACUUCUGGGAGAUCUCAGCAAGUUGUCCUGCAUGUGUGCAACCACGAUCAUCUUCAAUGGUGUUGAACGUCCUCUUUAUGUAAAACUGUUCCCUUUUCAAACAUAUGUAUACUUGAGUGAAUGACUGAAGGGACAAGGUCCAGAACUUUUGCACUAAAUAGGGGUAGCCUGCUGAUUUCUGUUGUCUUGUCUGUGUGGUUAAAGAUGUCCUGUAAUAUUUGUUUUAUUUGAAAAGUUAGACAAACUCAAUAUCUGUCAUUUUGUUGAAAAACUGAGAAGGCCCCAGGCACCACUUACAGCCCACUUAAUGAACGCUUGUUGUCCUUUCAAAUGCAGUGACACUCCACUCAACAGGAUGUUUUAGUGCAUGUUUCCCUCGAAUUUAUUUUAACACUACAUGUAAAUGACUGAUUUGUAAACGCAUCUUUUCUGCAGAGCUUUAAAAACAUAUUUAUACCAAGUUAAACUGUUUGGAUGUCUUAUGUACUCAUAAAGAGAACUCUGUUCAUACAA